UAUAGUAUAUACAAGAGCACAGUUAACAUCCCCUUGAGUCAUGGUAUUGUUCAUUCUUUUUGUCAUAAUAUGAACUGUAUGUAACUUUAUGCAUAUCUUCAAGUUUAUUCUAGAUUUCAACAUGAAGAAUGUCACUGAAGUUACCUUAUUUGUACUGAAGGUCUUCACAGACAAUCUUGAACUGCAGAUCAUCUUCUUCUUCCUGUUUCUAGCAAUCUACCUCUUCACUCUCAUGGGAAAUUUAGGACUGAUUUUACUGGUCAUUGGGGAUUCCCAGCUCCACAAACCCAUGUACUAUUUUCUGAGUGUGUUGUCUUCUGUAGACGCCUGCUAUUCCUCAGUUAUUACCCCAAAUAUGUUACUAGAUUUUACGUCAAAGAAUAAAGGAAUUUCAUUCCUUGGAUGUGUAGCACAGAUGUUUCUUGCUUGUGCUUUUGGAACCACAGAAUGCUUUCUUUUGGCUGCAAUGGCUUAUGAUCGCUAUGUAGCCAUCUACAACCCUCUCCUGUAUUCAGUUAGCAUGUCAGCCAGAGUCUACAUGUCGCUCAGCACUGCUUCCUAUGUUGCUGGCAUUUUACAUGCUACUAUACAUACAGUGGCUACAUUUAGCCUGUCCUUCUGUGGAUCCAAUGAAAUUAGGCAUGUCUUUUGUGAUAUCCCUCCUCUCCUUGCUAUUUCUUGUUCUGACACUCACACAAACCAGCUUCUACUCUUCUACUUUGUGGGGUCUAUUGAGAUAGUCACUAUCCUGAUUGUUCUGAUCUUAUAUGGUUUGAUUCUUUUGGCCAUUCUGAAGAUGCAUUCUGCUGAAGGGAGGAGAAAAGUCUUCUCUACAUGUGGCUGUCACCUAACUGGAGUGUCAACUUAUCAUGGGACAAUCCUCUUCAUGUAUGUGAGACCAAGUUCCAGCUACGCUUUGGACCAUGACAUGAUAGUGUCAAUAUUUUAUACCAUUGUGAUUCCCAUGCUGAAUCCCAUCAUCUACAGUUUGAGGAACAAAAAUGUGAAAGACUCAAUGAAAAAUUUUGGGAAAAAUCAGAUUAUCAAUAAAGUAUUCUUUCAUGCUAAAAUAUAA